ACAGACGACGGCCGAUUUCACAGAGCGGAUCGGCUGGUUAAAACGAAGGAAGCCCCAUUGCAAAACUCGCCGGGAGAUUACUCAAAUUUCUUAGCGUUUUGAUCGGAGAAUUCUCCGGCUGCUAUGGCGGAAGAGAAGGAGACGAAAGGAGGGAAAAAGUACAAGUAUAGCAUAAUCGUUCCUACAUACAACGAGCGCCUCAAUAUCGCUCUUAUAGUCUACCUCAUCUUCAAGCAUCUCCGGGAUGUUGAUUUUGAGAUAAUAGUUGUGGAUGAUGGGAGCCCUGAUGGCACACAAGAAAUUGUCAAGCAACUGCAGCAAUUGUAUGGUGAAGACCGCAUACUUUUAAGAGCUAGAGCCAAAAAGCUUGGCUUAGGAACUGCAUAUAUCCAUGGUUUGAAGCAUGCUACGGGUGAUUUCGUUGUAAUCAUGGAUGCUGAUCUUUCACAUCAUCCGAAGUAUUUGCCAAGUUUCAUCAAGAAACAGUUAGAGACAAAUGCAAGUAUAGUAACCGGUACACGGUAUGUAAAAGGUGGUGGUGUACACGGGUGGAAUCUUAUGCGGAAACUCACAAGCAGGGGAGCAAAUGUACUAGCUCAAACACUUUUAUGGCCUGGUGUUUCUGAUUUAACUGGAUCAUUCCGGCUAUACAAGAAAUCAGUGCUUGAAGAUGUGAUUAGCUCAUGUGUGAGUAAAGGCUAUGUCUUUCAGAUGGAGAUGAUCGUUCGUGCUACCAGAAAAGGAUACCAUAUUGAAGAGGUACCGAUCACUUUUGUGGAUAGAGUAUUUGGAACGUCGAAGCUGGGAGGAUCUGAAAUAGUGGAAUAUCUAAAAGGCCUCGUCUAUCUUCUGCUCACGACUUAAGAGAUAGACACCAACAUGAGUCUCAUCAUACUCUUCUAUAGAAACUUCACUUUAGCUUUGACUUUGAGAGAGUUGCAUCUUCCAAAGACUGAAAGUUCACUUUAUAGACGAUGUUCGUUUUCAAUGCCGAGUUGAGAUAUUUUACACUUGAUAACAAAAAAAAACAAGAACAGGUUUUAUUUUAUGUUUUAGACUGUUCGUAAUAAGUAAAUCUAAUCGAGGAGGGCUUA